GUCAGCGGCGGGACUCUUCGGGGGCGCCGGUUUUACCGUCCGUCCGGCCCCGGCCGCCGGCGGCGUAUCGAGCCGGUCUGCAGAGGUGGGCAGCACCAGGCAGCGCGGCCCAUCCGGGCGGAUUACGGCUGCUGGGUGCCGCGCGGCGCUGGCGUCGCAUCCUCGGCCUCGCCGGCUGGCCACUCGCUCAGUGACACCAUGCAGGUACAGGGACUGCUGCUGCUGCUGUUGGGCUGUCUGGCGCUGUCUGGCGGCCAGCAGCCGCCGGCGCCCAGGCGGCUCGUGUGCUACUACACUAACUGGGCGCGCUACCGGAAACCGCUGGCCGCCUUCACCCCGGAGAACAUCAGCCCGCACCUGUGCACCCACCUGCACUACGCCUUCGCCAACACCAACAGCCAGCUGCGCGUCGGGCCCAGCGACCCCUUCUCCGACUUCACCAAGGGCGGCUACAAGCAGAUGGUGGCGCUGAAAAAGGUGAACCCGGCGCUCAGGGUGCUCAUUAUGCUCGGCGGCAGCAACUCGCCGCAGCAGAUGGCCUUCGAGGAGAUCGCCGCUGACGACUCGAAAAUGAAGCGCUUCGUGUCCGAGGCGAUCAAAUACGUCAGAAUGCACAACUUCGAUGGCAUUGACCUAGAUUGGAAAGUUCCACGCCAAAAGGAAGGACACGCGCGGCUUUUGGAGCUGUUCGCUAGCGAGGUUAAAAAGGAAUCGGAGACGUCGGGGAAAGAGAGACUCAUCAUAAGUACCACCAUUCCCGGCAAUGUCACAAUGCUGAUGGAAGACUUCGACGUCCCAAGGAUCGCCAAGGCAGUUGAUUACGUGAACGCUCUAGUGUACCAGUUCCGCUCGUGCGACGGAAACCGGACCAGCCACCACUCGCCACUGUUCACCACGGACCCCGAGAGCACAGACUUUGUCGACUUUAUCGUGCAGAUGUACCUCAGCUCGGGCGCCGACCCAGCCAAGUUCAACCUGGCGGUGCCGGCGUUCGGCAAGACGUACACGCUGAGCGACCCGGCGGUGAGCGGGUUCGGGGCGCCGACCGCCGACCUAGGCUUCCCCGGGAAGCUGACCGGCGGCGCCGGCGCUCUGUCCUUCACCGAGAUCUGCGAGCACGUCAGCAUGGACGGGUGGACGGCGCACCGACCGCUGCCCGACGCCGCCGGCCCUUACGCCGUCGGCGGCGACCAGUGGGUCGCCUACGACGACCAGUUCAUGAUGCGCAGAAAGGGAGCCUACAUCCGAGAGAAGGGUCUGGGCGGCGCCGCCGUCUGGAGCCUCAGCCAGGACGACUUCCGCGGCUUCUGCACGGGCCGCCAGUUCCCGCUCAUUGAGGCGCUCAAGCUGGGCAUGUACGAGGACACUCCGGUCACGACUACAACGCCCAGCCCGCCGACCACGCCCGAGUACGACAACAGCGCCGUCUUCACCUGUCCAUCCGACGGCCGCUUCCCCAAGCCGGACAACUGCCGCGAGUUCUACAUCUGCUCCGACCGCGUGGCCGACGUCAAGAGCUGCGAGGACGGCACCGUCUUCGACGCCGAGCGGAGCUUCUGCAGGGAGGACGCGCCGUGCAUGGACACCGAGCCGCCGCGAGUGACCCAGUUCAGGUCGACGCCGCCGCCCGUCACCGAAGCGCGUCUCACCGUCCCGCCCCCGCUGCUCAGGGCCGGCGGAGACACAGACACCGUCGUGAUUCCCGCCGCGGAGCCGACGACAACACGCCCGAUCGACAUGAAAGUCGACAUGGACAUGGACGUGAAGACGGACGGGGAGCUGCAGCAGGUGCUGCAGCUUGUUCAGGAGCUGGGCGGCAUCGACAGCUUGCGCACGCUGCUGAGCGCGCUGCGGCAGCCCUCGGUACAGGUGGAGGCCGGAGCACCCUCCGCGCAGGUGGAGGCCGUGGCACCCUCCACCCCGGUGGACACCGGCGCGCCCUCCCGACUGACGGAGUUCCCCGCGCCGCAGCCCGCCGUCGCCCAGGUGGUCACCACGGACGGCGGCAGGACCAGGAUCAGGGUACACGUCACCGUGGAGCUGGAGCCGUUCUGAGAGCCUGGGGCCUGCGACACCGCGACCCGGAGGUCAGAGGUCAGAGGUCAGAGGCCGUCGCGAACAGUGAGGUGAGGCGUGGGACGAAACAUGUGCCGUCCGAGCGAGAUAAAUGUGCCCAUUUCUAUCAAAUCUAAACCAUGUGCAAGAAGUGAGAUGUGUUGUUAUGAUCGCUCAACUGUUGUGAGAAUGAAGGCCGGUCCUAAUACAUGCGUGAAAUGUA